UUCUUGCAGACCGGUACCAUUUGCGUCUAGUGUCUAAUUAACAAUGCAUUAUCUACUCGCUGCAAGCCUUCUGAUUAUCAGUCAGAUAUAUUACAUUGAGCUCGCACCCACGGAAAAUUAUCCUUAUUCUGUGGCGCUGGCGAGCAAGUAUAUGUUGUACUGGAAAUACAAUGCCACGCAUAUAACGUUCGAGACACACGUGCAAACUCAUGGAACUGUGGGAUUGGGAAUAUCAAAGAAUGGCUCAAUGUUCCCUGCGGACGCCGCUGUUGGGUUCGUUUCUAAUAACCAAGGCAAGCUUUUGGAUACGUACACAACAGGACACGUCCGUCCAACUUUGGACAAAUCUCAAGAUUGGGUGUUGCUUGAUUCAAUGCAGACUGGGACUGACACAGUACUGAAGUUUUCCCGAGCUCUGGACACAAACGACAGUGAAGAUAUUCCCAUUAAGCCUGGUGUCACACAUGUUAUAUGGGAAUUUACAACGGCCCUCCCACAGUCGCCAUCUGAUGUGGUUUACCACGGACCGAAUCGCGGCAGCAAAGAUAUUACACUUAUAAACAGCGGUGAUGUUCCAGUGGGAAGAUGAUACCUCCGACAAGAAAUAUUUUGUUUAAGUGACAGAAAUUUAAACAUCAUGAAUUAGAAUAAAACUUUACGAAUUUUUGGUAUUCAUAAAUACAUAGAGGACGUGUAUGAUCUCUUACUCACAUUGACUUCUUUCCUUAAUGUAACGGGCUUAUCACAAUAAACUUACACUGUGAUUUCUAUUGUAUUAUUUUUAUUGUGUGCAGAAAAUAAAGAAAAGUUUCAUUAAUUUUACCCACAAAAACAAGCAAUGCAUUUUAAUACACUUAAGUAUAAAACACUUUUUUAUAGCUCUUUGACUAUGCAAAAUAAAAGAAUAAAUAACGUAGUAUCUUCUUUUUUCCGUACCGUAUUUUACAUUAUUGAAAAACAGAAUUAAACCAAGUUGAUGACUAUA